CUUUUCUAUUCUACUACUACUACUACUACAUCUUAUUAUUACUACUACCACUACUACUACUACUUAAAAAUCAUGAAGUUCUCCGCUACCGCUAUCAUCUCGGCCGCUCUUAUUGCCGUUACAUCCGCCCAAGCUCCUGCUGCUGCUCCCGCUGGCGGCGGUGGCGGUGCCCUUGUCUCCAUCACCUCGCCUCUUACUGGCACUUCCUACAAGGCCGGUAGCAAGGCCAUCAUUUCGUGGAUCAACCCCCAGGUUCAGACUAUCCCUCAAAUCACCUUGGCCCGCGGUCCAUCCACUGCUUUGCAGCCCGUUGCACAGAUCGCCCAAAACGUUAAUGCUGCUGCUGGUCGAUACGAAUGGGAGAUCCCUUACGACUGCACAAACGGCAACGACUAUGCUUUCGAGCUUGGUCAAUCACCCGAACUUGCUUUCGCUGGUCCUUUCACCAUUGAGGGUUGCACUGGUGGUAACUUCUCUUCUGCUGGCAGCAACUCCACAUCUUCUGCUCCCGCAUCCAGCGGCGCUUCCGCUGGUGCUCAGCCUUCUUCUGAUGGCAGCACGAACAACGCCAGCUCUGGUGGCUCCACACCUGCCGGUUCUUCCUCACCCAACAGCUCUGGCUCUUCUGACUCAUCCCACCAGUCGCCUGCUUCCACCGACAGUGCUGCCAACAAUGUCAUCCCCAGUGUCGUGGCUGUCGCCGCAGGUGGUUUGGUUGCUGCUUAUCAACUUUUCUAAAUGUCCCCAGGUCUUCACAUCCAUCUCUCUCCUCAUGACAUCUCUCUUCCCCUUUAACCGAUCAUAUUCACCACUUUCGUGAUGCGGUUUUAUUAUUGAGACGAGCCCUUUAUUUCUGUACUUAACGACCAUCUUCUUUAACCUUCUCUCUCUCUCUCGCAACAAUCUACACACUCAUGUCCCAAUCGUCCGUCUUUUUUAUUCGCUGGAGUAUUUCUUUUUUCUUUAUAAUCAUAGUACACUAUAACAAAUAAAAGUUAUUUUAGUUGCUGG